AUGACGGAUUGGAAACCCGUUUCGACGACGAUGGAGAACCGGCUGACACUGCAGAAGGGAGAUGAGAAGCAGAGAACGUCGAAGCCGUACCGCGAACUGGUGGGGUGUUUGUUGUACGCGUCGAUCACAACGCGACCGGAUCUGGCGGCGGCUGUGAAUUUUUUUAGCCAGUUCCAGUCGUGUCCGAAUGAAGAACACUGGAUCCACCUGAAACGGAUUCUCCGCUACAUUAAGGGAACGUUGGACAUUGGUCUAGUGUUCAAGGUGGAAGAAAAUGUACCAUUGCUGCAAGUCUUCUGUGACGCGGACUGGGCGAACGAUCCAAAUGAUUGCCGUUCGGUUUCCGGCUGCGUGGUGAAGCUGUAUGGGAGUACCAUCGGUUGGUUUACAAGGAAGCAGCAGACCGUAUCAUUGUCCUCGGCGGAGGCAGAGCUAGCGGCGUUGUGCACUGCUGCUGCCCAUGAUCACAUAGUUGACGUAUAA